GCGUCGUCUCAGUUGCCACAUCGAGUAUGGCUUCGGGUAUAGCCGCCUGGGGGCCAACAUCCUUCGCUUAUUAUUCCCUGCUUCCCCGGGAUUUAACUUGCCAUGCGAAUCCAUAUAAGGUUUUUGGCGCCAUGUGUCGCAGGCUGACGUGUCAUGCAUAUUCGGCAUAUACCCCAUGCGACAGUUUGUCGACGGCAGAAUAACCUGCAUAAAAGAGCAGAGGCUACAAUACUGAGCGACCCCGAGUUAGAGGAUUGUAGACUGACGUGUCACCCGCUCUACUGCAUUUAGUUCUCAGCCUCGCUGAACUAGUAAAGUAAACCUGCCAAAAUUGGGUUAAGUUUUGCUGUACACUGCAAUGUAACAUCGCUAGUGGAGCGCCUCUGCGUACAGUGACAAUGCAUACAGUAACUGCAUCAAAAACGGUUUCUAUGGUCAUGGCAGAAAUGCGAUUCCGGUAUCCAACGAGUCCCCGAAUCAGAACUUCUCGGGUUUUGCCAAUUGGGUCCGGAAGUAUGAUGAAGUGUCUGGUGAAUUACGCCCGGAGUUUGUUCUUGCACUGCUUGACUUUAGGAGACCUUUCUCAACCCAAUUGGUAUUCUAAGCAUAUACAUCAAGCAUCUUUCUACUGUUUCUUGUUUACUCUACGAUGAGAAUGUCGUCUUCGGUGGCUUUUUCACUGCCUGGCUGCACCGCAUUUGAUCAAUUCUGCUCAACCAACAAGGUUUCUCGAGCGGCUGUGAUAAAGCUUGCCUUUGCGGUGGUGCUUUAUCAGUAUUUUGAUGUUGCUAGCUUUACAUGCUCUGAGACUCUUGCUCAAGGCAAUAAUGAUGUUGUGUGUGGCUCAAUAGCCCACACUCGCCGGAUUCGGUACAUCUCUGAGCUGGCAUCUACCACCACUCUCCAAGCUGCGCUGAGUCUUGGAGAUCGAAAUGAUGCAUCGUCACUUAUUGCUGAGCAACAAACUACCGCAGUAGUGAAUGGUGACAAGAAGCUAGCCAGCGGAAUUGAAGCAUGCCUCGUUUACGUACAAACAGCUGCUGCUACUCCUAAUGCUUCUGCCCAUGACAACGACGUAUACCUCGUUGUGGCUACCGCAGAUGAUGCAUCACUAUCAGCAACCCUGAUGUACAGGACGGAUACCGUGUCCGAGUUUGUAGCAACGGGCUUCACGGACGCUUUUGCGGCGGCAAUUGAAUUCAUUUCCUCAGCCCCAAUCAGCAUCACCAUUGCAAACUUGGAUAUCUGCGGAAAGUCCAGUCAGGCGGCUAUUGCCAAAUGGAACCAACAUUCCACAAGUAUCCCCAACCAACUAUUGCACAAGUUGGUAGGAGAAGGCUUCGUCCACAAGCCAGAUGCAAUAGCAAUUGUAUCCUGGGAUGGGCAAAUGUCCUAUUCGGAGUUGGAUCAGAAAUCCUCCAACCUCGCCGCUUACCUGAUGGACACCUACGACCUAGGGCCCGGUAAGAAAGUCGCGCUAUGCUUUGAAAAGUGCACAUGGGCGGUCGUUUCGAUGCUUGCAGUCCUCAAAGCCGGUGCGGCCUAUUGUUGUCUUGACCCGAGCCACCCACGAGCCCGCCACGACUUCAUCAUCAAACAACUCGACGCAGCGCUGGUCCUUGCCUCUACGCAGUACAAGGACCGGCUUGAUGGGCACAAGGUUUUGGUUCCGACUCUGGAGCUUGCUCGUCAGCAGCGCGUCUAUCAACCACCAAACGUCCAGCCGAACGAUCCUUGUAUGGUAGCCUUUACUUCUGGCAGCACCGGAAACCCCAAAGGCAUCGUCCAUACGCACGAUUCUCUUGUCACCGGGAUUAUAUCCAAUGCUCCACGCCAAUACCUCGAUAAAGAGGGUGUUUCCACAUACCAAUGGUCGAGUUUCACAUUUGACGUGAGCAUGACAGAGAUCUAUGCGCCGCUCAUCUAUGGUGGUCGCAUAUGCAUUCCGUCCGAUGAGGAACGCCUGAACAGGGUGGAGGAAAGCAUGAAUCGAAUGGAAGUUAACUGGGCGUACUUUACGCCUUCUUUUGCACGCUUCUUCGCGCCAUACAACGUGCCUAGCUUGCAGACUUUGCUGAUGGGGGGCGAGGUCGUUACGUGCGACGAUAUCAACGCCUGGAUAGACCGCGUCAAGGUCAUUCAUUCAUAUGGCCCAGCUGAGUCUGCGACGUUCUUCUUGGCCGACUUUGACGGUCCUUGUCCAAAGACUGUUCCGAUUGGACAUGCCCCGAACACGUAUGCGUGGAUAGUCAACCCAGAGAACCCAGAGCUACUUUCACCAUUGGGCGCAAUCGGCGAGAUGCUGUAUGAGAGUCCUGGUCUUUUGAAGGAAUAUCUUGGAGAUGCUGCCAAGACGGAGGCAACCUUGAUCGACGCGCCGUUGUGGCGGCGGAAUCUGGACUGUCCUGCUCCGACGUCUAAACUAUAUAAGAGUGGUGAUCUUGUACGAUAUCUGCCCGACAGUACAAUGACGUACAUUGGCAGGAAGGAUACCAUGGCUAAAGUACGUGGACAGAGACUCGAGGUGGAAGAGGUCGAGGCAGUCCUACGAAAAAGCCUUGGUGGCACUAAUCAGGUUGCUGUGGAUGUUAUCACACCUUCUGGAAAGGACCAAGAAGCUGUUUUGGUUGCCUUUUUGUGCCUAACAGGCGACGGGGCGAUUGAUACCAAUGAUAUUGCCAAGCUGAAAGCAUAUCUUGAGACCAAGCUGGCUGAGUCUCUUCCGGAGUACAUGAUCCCGCGUGUAUUCCUGCCAAUGGACAGUUUCCCAUACAAUGCGUCUCGGAAACUGGACCGUAAGGAACUGCGGCAGCAUGGCUCGUCGCUCACUCUCGAGCAGCUUAUCCAGCCGUCUUUGCCCAGUGACGCUGACCAAGAAUCGCAGCAAGAAGAGCUUCUCCACCCAUCAUCUGCUUCGGAAGGGAGUGUCUGUCGAGAAUCUGUGAACCAGUUCCUCACUGCUACCACUACCCCAGAUGAGGGAUCUAAUGUUUCUCUACUUCGUGGUCCAUGGGCCAAGAUACUCUCCGUCAACGCCAAUGAGAUCAGCGAUGAUGACAACUUUUUCCAACACGGAGGCAAUUCACUAAAAGCAAUGGCGCUUGUUGCUGCAGCGAGAUCACUAAGCUUGUCUAUUACAGUUGCAAAAGUGUUCCAAAACCCAACCUUUGCAGCUCUUGCAUCGGCAGGGGCGCUCCUCCCCAAUAAUAAACAAGAAAUCUUCCCACCAUUUUCGCUCUUGGGCGACGAUAAGAAACGACUUUCAAUUCUCUCAGAUGCCACAGCUCAGUGUAGAGUUGAUACUAGUGUCAUACAAGACAUUUUACCUGCGACGCCAUUACAGUCAGGUUUCAUCGCGGGGUCCCAAGAAAAGACAGGAGCGUACAUGGCCCAGUACAGCUUAAAGAUACCCCCUCAGACGUCACCUGAGUUCUUCAAAGAGAUAUGGGACAGAAUAGUAGAGGCGUAUAGUAUUCUGCGAACGCGGCUGAUCUACUCAGAUCUGUAUGGCGUCUUCCAAGUUAUACUCAAGACAAAGCCUGUGUGGGAUACAUCUGAGGAUCAAGCCGGAUAUUUGAUCGAGGAUCGUAACAAAGAGAUGCGGUAUGGCGAUGCGCUAUGUAGACUGGCCAUUAUUCAGUCUAAAACGAUAGGCGGAAGUGCCUCUAGCAUCGUCAUAACGAUGCACCACGCGCUCUAUGACAGACACACUCUGGAUAAACUUCUCAGUGCCGCGAAUUCGCUUCUGCACGGUCGAACGAUAACUCCAGCGGCUCCUCUUGCUCCGUUUCUCAAGUAUCUUUCUACACAAGAUGAAUCGGCACCUAAGGAAUACUGGGAGAAGUACUUGCGUGAUGUUUCGACAGUGCAGUUUCCUUGGCUCCCAUCCGCAAAGUACCUCCCCAAGGCAGACUCGACGUUUCAGAUUAGCAUCCGUGUGAAACAAACUCCGUCUGCUGCAAUUACACAAGCAACUAUUGUCCGGGCUGCAUGGGCAUUGCUUAUCAGCCUCUAUACUGGCUCUGAGGAUGUGGUGCAUGGUCUGACUCUCUCUGGGCGUGGUGCUCCAGUAGAGUCGAUUCUUGACAUCGUCGAGCCUACCAUCACCACCGUACCAGUCCGCAUCAAAGUAUCGCGAGAAGAGCAGAUAGCAGACUGGUUACGAAGAUUGCAAAAGGAGUGGUCGGAGAUGAUGGACUAUGAACAAGCUGGUCUCAGCAAGAUUAAGUCAUAUGGAGAAGCAUGCCGCGAUGCUUGCAGCUUCCAAAACCUUCUAGUUAUACAGAGCUCUGAAGAAUCCCCGAAAAACAAGGAUGAAGUACGCUUCGACGAGGUGGCAGAUGAUUUGAAGUACUUUAACGAGUAUGCCCUCAUGGUUGUCUUGACAAUUCAGGCGUCAACGGCCCAUGCCACCUUUAGCUUUGACUCAAAUGUGGUGGAUAGUGAACAAGUCGCAAGGUAUGCCCACCAUCUAGAAUAUCUGAUGGAUGGAAUUGGUGCUGCCUCAGAUGCAGUCGGCACCAAGACGAUUAAAGAGAUAUACCCGGCCAGUCUCAGGGAUAUCGUGGAUCUUGUUUCAUGGAGCGGGAGCGUUCCAAAGCAAGCAAAUGUUCUGCUCCACGAUCUUAUUAAAGACGGCUUUGCGAUAAGCCCUCACAAAAAGGCCAUCGAAGCCUGGGAUGGGGACCUGACGUUUGAAGAACUAGAUCAAAAGUCUACGCAGCUUGCUCAGAGACUGGUGUCGAUGGGAGCCGGGCGUGGUGUGGUUGUCGCGCUUCUCUUUGAAAAGUCCCUCUGGGGUAUUGUUGCGAUUCUGGCCGUUUUACAAUCUGGUUCAGCCCUGUUGUUUCUUGAUCCCGUACACCCGGUGCGACGCCAACAGUCUAUUCUGGAAACAGCCGAUGCGAAGCUAUGUCUUGUAAGUCCAGCAUAUCUUGACCAUGCACAGCAAUUCCAGUUACGCCACGUCCUUAGUGUUGAGCCGAGUCUUUUUGAUAAUUUUGAAUCGUCGCUAGUAGAAAGCGACAUACGUGCGGAUGUUCAGCCAGAUGAUCUGGCUUAUCUUGUCACCACGUCUGGGACAACUGGCGAGCCCAAAGUUAUCCAGCACACACAUGCCUCUCUCGCGUCUGGUCUUUCGAACCAUUCGACUCCUAUGGGCGUUACAUCGUCGACUCGUGCUCUUCAAGUAUCGACGUACACCUUUGACCUAGCAAUCUAUGAGAUUCUGGCGACGCUGAUGAAAGGCGGCUGCGUGUGCGUGCCGCAUGACGACGAACGUCUCAACGACCUUGCCGCCUGUAUCCGGCGCUAUGAGGCAAAUUGGGCGCUCAUCACAGCGUCCUUUGCGCGAAUGCUGCGAGGACAGAGUAUCCCCACCCUGAAAACGUUGAAUCUGUGUGGCGAAUAUGUUCCGCUUGAAGACGAGGAGUAUUGGGCGUCUAGAUUGCACGCUAUGAACUGGUACGGAGCCACCGAAACGCAGGGGUUCACGAUGGGUGAUCUCUCCAACGGUAGUCAGCGGCCGGGUCAGACGGGACGACAAUGCGGAAGCGCCUAUUGGAUUGUGCAUAGUGAGACAGCCGAGCUUUUGCCUAUUGGUGCGAGAGGCGAGAUUGCAUUAUCAGGGCCGGGCCUGGCGUGCGGAUAUGCAAAGGAUACUGCUAAGACGGCGCGUGCUUUCCGGCCUGCUCCAGAGUGGCUGCCGACGGCGUUUGGCGACCGCAGGAUCUAUAUGACUGGUGAUGCAGGGCAUAUUAACUCGAACGGCACGCUGACGGUGCUGGGGCGUCUCGAUACGCAAAUCAAGCUCAACGGAAAGCGGAUAGAAGUGGGGGAGAUUGAAGCAAACAUCAAAGUAGCAGGGCUGGGGCCUGCUGAAGAUGUUGCAGUCGACCUAGUUGAUAUGCAGAGUACUGUCAGUCCCACGCUAGUGGCAUUUCUUGCAUGUGGCACAGCCAUUGAUUAUGUUAAUGGCACAAGCUCAAUUGCGUCUUCGUUUGAGACAGUGGAUGACAGGAUGAGUAUGCUGGUGGAAAAGAUCCGCUCCUCUCUGGUUCAGAUGUUACCCGGAUAUAUGAUUCCGCGUGUCUACAUAUCGCUGGAUACACUUCCCAUCACGUCCAAUGGGAAGCUUGAUAGAGCAAGACUUAAGGAGUAUGCUCGAAGUAUUUCCACAGAUGAGCUAUUCAAGUAUACCUCUGGUGGAAAGAAGAGCAGAGUGCUUGCAUCACCACCGCCGCCAUCUGCUACGGCGUCUCUCUUGCGUGGUCCUUGGGCCAAGGUUCUGGGUCUUGAUGCUGACGCCGUGAGUGACGAUGACGACUUUUUCGAGCAUGGUGGCGACUCGCUGAAGGCAAUUGCACUUGUUACUCGGGCACGAAUGGCAGGCUUGUCUAUUACGCUUGCCAAGGUGUUGCGCAAUCGAACCUUUGGAGCGCUCGCGUCUGCCGGAAUUGUGAUUUCGAAUGGUCAUUAAACCACUAUUCAAUUUUUGAGUUUACCAGUCUAUGCUGUGGUGUAUCUCUAAGAGGGAUAGUAAGUAAGGAGAUACGUAAGUAGAGUUUGUGUUGUGGGGUUGGUAAGUUGGAGAUGGAGAGUUGGAAGAGGAUCAAUUGGGUUUGGCAUUGGUGGAGAGAAACAUGUGGGUAGUUGGCAGCCGGCAGCUGGCAACUGGCAGAGAUGAUGGGUUUGGAGUCGUAGUCAGCAGCAGUACGUACCGCAGUCAGACUCUGCAGCCAGAAAUAUACAAAAAGGAAAGGAAACUUAAAAAUCCGGAGAGACACGGAAG